UGGGUCUGGGCCGGGGUGGAGGAGGAGGAGGAGGCAGCCAGCCGGGAGAAGGAGGACGAGACGGGGCGCCCGGGUCCGGCCCUGGGGUUGGCGACACUCUUCUUCUUGGUGGUGACGGGGGCAGCUAGUUUGCGCUUCUUUCGGCGGCGGAGCAUGCGGCCCCUCAGCUCCUCCAUCUCUUCUUCUUCAUCCUCAUCAUCCUCCUCCUCCUCCUCUCGGUCCGAGUCGCUGGGCUCAGAGUGGGUGAGCGGGGAGGAGGAGGGGGAGAGGGACCAGGAUGGGGUGAGGUAGUCAGAGAUGGAGAGAGACAGUGGGUGGGGGCCAGGCUCUUCCUCCUGUCCGGAGACAAAUCCAAAAACAUGACAAAACAGCAACUUUAUAAAUACCCUCAGUAACCAAUUGAAGAAAUGUACUAGAGGUCACGACCUUCUGAUGACCUUCUUAAUGUUAUUGUCAGGGUUAAAGCUGCAGUCAAACCCUCGCAGAGACACAGAGCUAUGGAAUCCCUAGGAUAUUCGUAACACAACCAAAAGGCUUCAAUAUGGAGCCCAGACAAUCACACUGGGCGAUGUUCUUUACUUGGACAGAACAAGGAAACAACACAACAUGCAACUAGUAAUGCCUACAGCUGAACAAUGGUAAUUGUGAUGUGUAUAAAAAGGUCAUGACCUCUGACAACACUCAUUCUUCACUGAGUACAUUUAAAAAUAGCCGAAAUGGGUUCGCAACGAGGCAAGCUGGCAAUGUUAUCAGCGAGUCAUAGUCACCAUGGCGUUCUCUCCCCAGUCCGUCAGGCUGUAGUCCACCGUGAUCUCCUCCCCUUUGGCGAUGUCGCGAAUCGCUAUGACGACCAGCCGCACCUGACUCCCGCAGUGCACCUCUCGGAUCCUGCAGUUGGGCGGUGGGUGGAAGAGCACCGGCCCCCGGACCCCACCCGCCCCAUCCUCGCCCAGCUCCGACACACUGGAUGGAGACACACAGCAACGUUACACCACCAUCCACUGGUCACCAGCCUUUUGCUCCAGCCGCCUAGCAACGACACCUGAUUUCACUGACCGAGGUCUUGGUGAGGUAUGUUAGUACUGGGCUUGAACAAAAGCACUGCACACCCUUCCGAGACUUGGUGACCACUGCAAUAGGUAAGGUUGACCCAUACACUGCAGUCUCAAUGCAACUUCAGUACAAAAUAUAAUACAAAUGAGCGACAUUUGAUUGAUCUCAUCUAGCUGUCAUAACCAGAACAGACACGUCUGUCAUUGGUUGUCUAUUUUAGAAGUACAUAAUAAAAAAAAAUUAAAAUAAAGAUUUAAUUCAAUGAUCCUACUGUUUCGCUCACCAGAUCUGGGAGGGGUCAGCGAGGUAGUACGGGCUUCCGGGCGGAGGCAGUCUGUCCUCCACUCCUGCUGGGUACUGCCCAUCCCCUGGGAGAGUUAGAAACAAGUAAGAACACCAGCACACAUUCAACACAAAUGAAUACUUUACACAUGAUAGGGCUGGAGGGAGGAAUAGAGAAAUGCAUAAUGAUCUGCAUGUCAUCUUUACUCACACACACACCACUCUCUCUCCCACACACACACACACACACACACCACUCUCUCUCCCACACACACACACACACACACACCACUCUCUCUCCCACACACACACACACACACACCACUCUCUCUCCCACACACACACACACACACACACACCACUCUCUCUCCCACACACACACACACACACACCACUCUCUCUCCCCACACACACACACACACACACACACCACUCUCUCUCCCACACAACCACCACACAACACACCCACUCUCUCUCCCACACACACACACACACCACUCUCUCUCCCACACACACACACACACCACUCUCUCUCCCACACACACACACACACCACUCUCUCUCACACACACACACCAGUAUCUCUCUCGCUCCCCCCCCCCCCCCACACACACACACACACACACACACACACUGCUCCCAACUUUAAAAAACAAAGUUCAGCACCAAACAGCAUUUAAAGGAGCACCAGAAAAAGAGAUAGAUUUUGAAUAAAGCUUAGUCUUCCAUCAGGCCUAUAUGAAUCACAUCUCUUGAGUAGCAGACCAUUUCCCCGUCUUCCUGGGCCAAUCAGACGUGUGCCUAUAUAGUCCGCCACAGUGGACGCUUCAUAAUACCCAUAAAACCUUGCGGUCAAACACGGAAAUGGUUCCAAUCGUUUUUCUACCGUUCAUUUUUUCACAGUGAUUUUUACAACACUUCAAAUUAGUAUGUGUUCGGUGUAGGCUUACCUUGGCGUGACGUUUUCAUUACCGGGUAAUUUUCUCCGAUAAGCUAAGAUCCAUAUAUUCCCCUCCAUUUGUGCUCAUAUUUGAAAUGCUAAUUAGCAACAGACAAGACCUCAGCAAGACUGCAAAUUCCUGCAGGAAGCUCCUGCGGGUCAUCUCUAGACCACAGUCAGCUACACCUUCACCUGCGCCGCCAGAGACCUGUGCCCAAUCCAUGAUGAAUCCAUGCGAUGUAUUGAAAUGAAUUGAAUGAAGUGUUGAACUUCUUCUGUCCCAUUUCUUAGCCAUUGACAAAACUUUAGCUAGCUAGUUAACAGGGCAGUAUAUCAACAAAUAUUUCUGUAUUACUUAGCCUAGAUAACUGUUUGUACAGCAUGUCGACUUUGCUGUCUAUUUCAGGCCUUAUGGCAUUCUUCAAGGAUGAGCAUCAGAGCAUUAAAAAGGGGAGACGCCCACUAGAAGUCUGGCCAUGUGGAGAAGUGCAGCUACAGUGAGGGGCAACUUACCGGUUUGGUCAGAGCCAGCGUGAGGGAUAAAGUUCAUCCUGUGUCGGUGAGUGUAGCUAUUAGGUUAAGUUUGAGCAUCUUGGCAGCUGUCAGCAUUCUACAAGGAAAGAGCCACUUAAUCAAUCAUUCCCCAGAUCACCCCACGGAUACCAGACUUCGAUGAGUGAUAACUCAAGUUCUAGAAUGUUGUCAUUGAUGAGAAUGAAUCUGAAAUCUAUUGACAUUCACAGUCUGGAUUUAUAGAAUCCUUCACACAGUAUGAUUGAUAUGUCAAGUGAUAAAAUCCCAAGUUAUCAAUAAAAAAAAAGGUUUAUGGAAAAACUGCAUAUUCUGAAGCUGUAAUGUCAUCACCAAAUCAAACUUUAUUUAUACAGCACAUUUCUUACAACAAAAUGCAUUUCAAGGUGUUCAAAGUCAUUCAUUGAAAAGGCAUGUGGCACUUAACAUCCUUCCUCUAGGCAGGUCUCUAUAGGUGACCAGGGGAUUCUCUUUACCGCAUGCAAACGCCUCCGUGGCGCUCAUAAGUGUAGCCAUUCAGCCUGUUUUGGCGGAUCACAAUAUCGUCCGUACGGACGUGGAAUGCGAGUGGAGGAAGCAAGCUGUACCCGGCUGAAGACUACAACCCUCUGUCCAGAGAGCCCACAGAGGAGGAUCUUCAGUAGCUAAGGAACCGUCUCCGGGGCAGGUUCAGUGGAAUGGCAUGUCUCCUUGAACCUGAUCCAGAACAACCGCUACCCUCCCUGUCAGUACCGGACAUUGUUUAAAAAAAACAAGGAUACCUGGGGCAAGCAGGCAUCCUGGUUGGCAUGGCGCUGUCGGUGGAGCAGCAGGGGGCUAUAAAACAGUUGGACAGCGUACCAACCCCAACUGGGCCAUGAGGAGAGGGAGGUUGACGGCGCCAGCCGUUAGGGAGCAGUGGUUAGGGCCAAGCGCUAUAAAGGGUCCUCAGAUCAGUCAUUGGAUGGGGUGUUGUCUGUAAAGUGGGGCCACAGAUAAUGAAGAGGAGGACCAUCAAGGAAUUGGGCACCACAGCAGUGGUGGAGGUCAAAGUGUCCCUAUGGUGCAAGGGACCUUACCAUUUGAAGAGGCAGUGAAGUCAAAGGAUUUCUAUAUCAAGGAGGGAGGGUCUUACCACCUUCCGUGAAGACCAUCCUUACUGGCACCAGGUCAAAGGUCAGCUGCACAUCACUGGAAGGGACACCUGCUUCUUCGUUGUCAUGGACCACCAAAGCUUCCAUCACCAUCCCCGUCCAGCGUGACGACCUCUGACCUCUGACAGACCCAUAUUGCUCCUCCUGUCAGUUCCUGUUUUCAGGGAAGCCAAAUGGUCCGAAAAUAUUCCACAUAAUUCACACACACACACACUAGGCUGCCAAAAUAGCUUAUACAGUCAGGUCCAUAAGUAUUUGGACAGUGACACAAUUUCCAUCAUUUUGUCCCUGUACGCCGCCACAAUGGAUUUGAAAGGAAACAAUCAAGAUGUGCUUUAAGUGUAGACUUUCAUCUUUAAUUUAAGGGUUUUGUCAAUAUUAUUGUCUGAACCGUGUAGGAAUUACAACCAUUUUCAUAAAUAGCCCCGCAAUUUAAAGGGCUCAAAAGUAAUUGGACAAACUAACAUAAUCAUAAAUUAAAUUGUGAGUUUUAAUACUUGGUUGCAAAUCCUUUGCAGUCAAUGACUGCCUGAAGUCUGGAACCCAUAGGCAUCACCUGAUGCUGGGUUUCUUCCCUGGUGAUGCUCAGCCAGGCCUUUACUGCAGUGGUCGUCGGUUCCUGCUUGUUCUUGGGGCGUUUUGCCUUCAGCAAGUGAAAUGCAUGCUCAAUUGGAUUCAGGUCAGGUGACUGACUUGGCCAUUGCAGAACAUUCCACUUCUUUGCCUUCAAGUUUUGGGUUGCUUUCGCAGUCUGCUUUGGGUCAUUGUCAAUCUGCACUGAGAAGUGCCGUCCAAUGAGUUUUUAAGCAUUUGGCUGAAUCUGAGCAGAUAAUACAGCCCUUAACACUUCAUAAUUCAUCCUGCUGCUUUUGUCAACAGUCACAUCAUCAAUAAAUACAAGGGAGCCCGUUCCAUUGGCAGCCAUACAUGCCCACGCCAUAACACUACCUCCACCAUGCUUCACAGAUGAGGUGGUAUGCUUCGGAUCAUGAGCAGUUCCUUCCCUUCUCCAUACUCUUCCUCUUCCCAUCAUUCUGGUACAAGUUGAUCUUUGUCUCAUCAGUCCAUAGGAUGUUGUUCCAGAAAGGUACAGGCUUUUUUUUGUUGAAGUUUUUUGCCAAACUCUAAUCAGGCUAACCAAUGGUUUACAUCUUGUGGUAAAACCCUCUGUAUUUACUCUGGUGAAGUCUUCUCUUGAUGGUUGACUUUGACACAGAUACUCCUACCUCCUGGAGGGUGUUCUUGAUCUGGCCAACUGUUGUGAAGGGGUUUUUCCUUCACCAGGGCAAUAAUUAUUCUGUCAUCCACCAGUUGUUUUCCGUGGUCUUCCGGGCCUUUUGGUGUUCCAGAGCUCACCAGAGCGUUCUUUCUUUUUAAGAACGUACCAAAUAGUUGAUUUGGCCACACCUAAUGUUUUUUUGCUAUCUCUCUGAUGGGUUUGUUUAGAUUUUUCAGCCUAAUGAUGGCUUGCUUCACUGGCAGUGGCAGCUCUUUGGCCUUCAUAUUGAGGGUUAACAGCAACAGAUUCCAAAUGCAAAUGCCACACUUGAAAUCAACUCUAGACCUUUUACCUGCUUCCUUGUAAAUGAACUGAUGAGGGAAUAACACACCUGGCCAUGGAACAGCUGAGCAGCCAAUCACACACCUGGCCAUGGAACAGCUGAGCAGACAAUUGUCCAAUUACUUUUGGUCCCUUAACAAGGAGGGGUCCACAUAUAAGAAGUGUUGUAAUGUCACGCCUCAUGUCUAAAACAUGGGGAAAAGGGACAUCAAGUCUACAUGUUGAUGCAUCUACAAACUCAAUGUUUUACACAAUAACGUAUCAUAUUUGAUGAGUUACUGACCUGUCCGUCCACAGGCUCUAUGUGAUGCAGCCUCCACAAAUGGGACACUCGCGCUCGGAUCACACUGGCACAGGAUGUCCACGCACCGGACGGUCUGAAGGUUGCACUCCUGUUGGACUGGAAAAAACAAAGAGGCGUGGUGACUGGUGGGUCUUUUUCAAUGCUGUAUCGCCAUCUUUAUCUGGACACAAACCCACUUUGGACAAUGUGACAAAGUGGUCCCUCAACAGCCAAUCCUCAUGCCUCACUGUUUGUUCUGGUUCCCCAAUCAACAGUCUGGAUCUUCCUCUCCUGCCAUGGUGGAUGAGCUACCCUUUUGUGGUAAAUACAGAACCGUUUCUCUUUCAAAAUGGCAGCUGCAGUCCCGAGUGCAGUCACUGGGUUUCUGGACCGCCCAGUCUGAAAGACAAAAAAUUUAAGUUACAUUUUAUUAUCUAGCUAAGUUGAUUAGUAAAAUGGUAUAUAUAUAUAUAUUAAAAUCCCAUAACCCACAGACUUACUAUAGUAACAGUAAAAUAGAUUGGCCUUUUAGUCUAUCUGCAAAUGUAAAGUCCUACUAUGUGGAGGGGACAUUUCUGCUGGGAUGGAGGAAUUAUCUGGAACGCUCAACUAGAUGAUCAGGACAGUCUAGCGUACUAUUUGCCCGAAGAGGUGAAGUAUUGCAAUGAGCUAUACGACUGUACUUCUGAUUCUAAUUCUCAAGAGAAAAGUUCAAACCCACAGCCGUGAGGUCACUGAGGAGCACCAACAGUGAUAAGGGGGAUCGUCUGAAAGGGACUGACAUGCAGGGAUGGAACAUGAGGAUUUCUGGCACUGGCCAGCAGACCACGAUAUCUACUAGCCCGGGUAACAUUCAGGUCCUAAAUCUGUCGCAAACAAUGUUUGUAAAAGGCAGAAUUUCACUGCUGUGUCAGGCUAGUUUGGCACAUUGCCCAGUCCGAAAAGUACAUGUUUAACUGACUUCACAGGUCAUUUGAUUAGUCAUGUACAACAGAUGCACUCGUGGAACAAAAACCGUUUUGUGUUUUAUAUAGGAAAACAUUGAACCCACAAGUCCUUUGUGAGCUAGCUAGCCAGCUAGUUAACGUUAGCUCACUGUUCGUGUAGUCACACUUUUCCACGUGGUGACAUGCUAGCUAAUGUUAGCACACCAGGGCAGUGAUAUUUUGCUAACAUUUAGCUAGCUAGUUACGUUAGCUCAUCAUUUGUGUAGUCAGACUUUCUCCCCAGACCCCACGGGUGGUGACAUAUUAGCUAGUCCACCAGGGCAGGGAUAUUUAACGUUAGGCACAUUCGCUAGCAUGUCACCGCCUGUCGGGAACGUCUGACUACACCAUCGUGAGAUCCUGUGCAACGUUAGCUAGCUAACGUUAGAUAAUGUAGCCAACUAGCCAAGCAAGGUGCCUAACUAGCUAGCCCACCAGGUGAUAUUUAGCUGGCUAUAUCAUUAUACUAGCCUAUGCUGGUUUCCUUUUUACUUGUAAGGAAGGUAAUGUGCGUUGCACACGUAACUACAGUCAGUGGUUAUCUAGCUAAUUUUCAAAAAAGUGUCUAGCUAACCACAGACCUUUCACCUAACCAAAAUAGCUUGAUAGCAUCUAGCAAACAGGGCUUACCUUGCAACACAGCUCCAGCGAUGCCUCUCGCUUACAGAGGUUGGAAAAAGAUAAAAUGCAUGUGUGCCUGUCGGAGUUGUGGUUACAAUCCGGUACAUAGCACAGAACCGUCCUUGCUUCUGCUCGACGGAGAGACCUAAGGUUAGCUAGUUAUCUACAAAAGCCAUGGUAAAUUAACAAAUUCUAGUAAUAAAAAAAUGCUAAAAAAAGGUAGCUAGCUAGGUAACUUGAACAAUUAUAAAACAAGAAUACACACAAUAUCAAUUAUUUACACAAGAAACUAAAAAGGCUACAAUAUCUACUUGCUAGAUUACUUGUCGAUGAGAGUUUGGAGAAAUGUGGAGGUUUUUCCCACCCUGCACCUUGAGUGAUUACGUCAAAGCUUGUGACAGGAUGUGUAGUUCUGUAUGAUAGCCACAUUGGCAGCUAAUUAGCAUUUACUUUUGGGGGGGUAAUUACAGGCGAAUAUAUUGAUAAAAAAAGUCACCUUGUCCUAGAGAGAUUUACACAGUUAUCAAAACUUAUGCCAGAGUAAGCCUACACAAAACACAGACCUUUUAUGAAGUAGUUCUAAAAUCCCCUAUGAAAAAAUGACUGGUGGAAAAACGAUUGGAACCAUUUCCGGGUUUUACCGCUAGGUUUUAUGGGUAUUAUGACUCAUACUGUGGUACUCAUUAGGCUAGACCUAGUGGUCAAGUAACCAGGUUGUUAGCUUGCUAGGUAACAUGACUGAACACAGUUGUUAGCUUUCAAACCAAUAAUUAGCAGCCCGGGAUUCAUUUAAAAUGGCCUGCGAUAUGAUUUAUGAAAUUCUGUAAAAUGUGUGCUAAUCCACGAUAUAUAUACAGUGGGGGAAAAAAGUAUUUAGUCAGCCACCAAUUGUGCAAGUUCUCCCACUUAAAAAGAUGAGAGAGGCCUGUAAUUUUCAUCAUAGGUACACGUCAACUAUGACAGACAAAUUGAGGAGAAAAAAAUCCAGAAAAUCACAUUGUAGGAUUUUUUAUGAAUUUAUUUGCAAAUUAUGGUGGAAAAUAAGUAUUUGGUCACCUACAAACAAGCAAGAUUUCUGGCUCUCACAGACCUGUAACUUCUUCUUUAAGAGGCUCCUCUGUCCUCCACUCGUUACCUGUAUUAAUGGCACCUGUUUGAACUUGUUAUCAGUAUAAAAAGACACCUGUCCACAACCUCAAACAGUCACACUCCAAACUCCACUAUGGCCAAGACCAAAGAGCUGUCAAAGGACACCAGAAACAAAAUUGUAGACCUGCACCAGGCUGGGAAGACUGAAUCUGCAAUAGGUAAGCAGCUUGGUUUGAAGAAAUCAACUGUGGGAGCAAUUAUUAGGAAAUGGAAGACAUACAAGACCACUGAUAAUCUCCCUCGAUCUGGGGCUCCACGCAAGAUCUCACCCCGUGGGGUCAAAAUGAUCACAAGAACGGUGAGCAAAAAUCCCAGAACCACACGGGGGGACCUAGUGAAUGACCUGCAGAGAGCUGGGACCAAAGUAACAAAGCCUACCAUCAGUAACACACUACGCCGCCAGGGACUCAAAUCCUGCAGUGCCAGACGUGUCCCCCUGCUUAAGCCAGUACAUGUCCAGGCCCGUCUGAAGUUUGCUAGAGUGCAUUUGGAUGAUCCAGAAGAGGAUUGGGAGAAUGUCAUAUGGUCAGAUGAAACCAAAAUAUAACUUUUUGGUAAAAACUCAACUCGUUGUGUUUGGAGGACAAAGAAUGCUGAGUUGCAUCCAAAGAACACCAUACCUACUGUGAAGCAUGGGCGUGGAAACAUCAUGCUUUGGGUCUGUUUUUCUGCAAAGGGACCAGGACGACUGAUCCGUGUAAAGGAAAGAAUGAAUGGGGCCAUGUAUCGUGAGAUUUUGAGUGAAAACCUCCUUCCAUCAGCAAGGGCAUUGAAGAUGAAACGUGGCUGGGUCUUUCAGCAUGACAAUGAUCCCAAACACACCGCCCGGGCAACGAAGGAGUGGCUUCGUAAGAAGCAUUUCAAGGUCCUGGAGUGGCCUAGCCAGUCUCCAGAUCUCAACCCCAUAGAAAAUCUUUGGAGGGAGUUGAAAGUCCGUGUUGCCCAGCGACAGCCCCAAAACAUCACUGCUCUAGAGGAGAUCUGCAUGGAGGAAUGGGCCAAAAUACCAGCAACAGUGUGUGAAAACCUUGUGAAGACUUACAGAAAACGUUUGACCUGUGUCAUUGCCAACAAAGGGUAUAUAACAAAGUACUGAGAAACUUUUGUUAUUGACCAAAUACUUAUUUUCCACCAUAAUUUGCAAAUAAAUUCAUAAAAAAUCCUACAAGUGUGAUUUUCUGGAAUUUUUUUUCUCAUUUUGUCUGUCAUAGUUGACGUGUACCUAUGAUGAAAAUUACAGGCCUCUCUCAUCUUUUUAAGUGGGAGAACUUACACAAUUGGUGGCUGACUAAAUACUGUUUUUCCCCCACUGUAUGAUACAAAUAAAAUACAAAAUAUAUAUGAUACAAAAAAAAAUACAAAGAUAUAUUUGUAGGAUGCGUUCUGUCCUCAGUCAUUCAUUUCAAGAAAGAAGGUAGCUCAGUUGGUAGAGCACGGCGCUUGCAACGCCAGGGUUGUGGGUUCGAUUCCCACGGGGGACCAGUAUGAAAAAUUAAUGCACUCACUUAACUGUAAGUCGCUCUGGAUAAGAGCGUCUGCUAAAUGACAAAAAAUGUAAAAGGUAGUGAUCACACAGGGACAAGAUCUGUCCCCGCUCACCUUUUAUAGCUCAAUGGUGAUACACUGUGUGUGUCUGUGCACUUCUACACAAUUCACGUUAUAAGAUCAAAACACAAAUGUAAUAGCAGAAUAAUCAUCAGGGUGUGCACAUGAAAGUGGACAUAAUUGUACCGGCGCAUACAAGAGACUAGCUGCUGUUGCUGAAUUUUUUUUAACAGAAAUGUAAUUUUAUAAAUGUAUUAAAUUAGGCGUCAGCUGGUUCUUUAGAUCGGUACUACAGUUUUAAAAAAAAAUUUUUUUAGUACCAUGGUACCAUUAUAUUAUCGUGGUACCGGUAUACCAGGCAACACUAGUGUGUGUGUGUGUUUACCCGGACUGUAGCUGUGUCCAGACAGACUCUCCUCUUCCUCUUCCUCCUCUUCCUCCUCCUCUUCCUCCUCCUCCGUCACGUAGGCCCGGUCACACACCUUCACAGGGGUACCUUUCCUUUUCCUUGUGCACACCCUCCUACAAAAACACACCAGGGGUUCUUUCAGAUUUAGAACAUUUCAGGAUUUAAAAAAAAUAAUGUUUUAACUGCAUAGAGCCGACAGAUUUAUUUUGUGCACGACAUUUCUACAUAAAUUGCAUUUACAUCUACCACAUUAUGAAUAGGACAUUUCUCACCAUCAAAACAAGUAGACCUAUAGCUUGGGGGCAUGACACUGAUGGUUUUGGAUGAAGACCAAUAUGAAAAUAAAAUAGCCGUCAACCAUCUUUUUCAUAAAAUGGUUUCAUCAACUUUAUUUUAAUGUAGAUCUACUUUCCCCACAGCGGGAGUCUUAACUAUUGAUUAUAUGCUGACUUAGCCCGUCUAUUAAACUGUAUAUGUCUCCUCCUCAGCCUUUUGAUGUGCCGCAAUCAGCAAAUCCGCAAAUAUCACGGAUAGGAGAGAAUCUUUGAAGGUCAAUUCAGUCAAUUCAAGAGGGGACCGGAGGUAACUAUAGAUCCUAUAGCCUACAGGCUGGAGGUAACUAUAGAUCCUAUAGCCUACAGGCUGGCUGGGGGUAACUAUAGAUCCUAUAGCCUACAGGCUGGGGGUAACUAUAGAUCCUAUAGCCUACAGGCUGGGGGUAACUAUAGAUCCUAUAGCCUACAGGCUGGCUGGGGGUAACUAUAGAUCCUAUAGCCUACAGGCUGGGGUAACUAUAGAUCCUAUAGCCUACAGGCUGGGGGUAAACUAUAGAUCCUAUAGCCUACAGGCUGGCUGGGGGUAACUAUAGAUCCUAUAGCCUACAGGCUGGGGGUAACUAUAGAUCCUAUAGCCUACAGGCUGGGGGUAACUAUAGAUCCUAUAGCCUACAGGCUGGCUGGGGGUAACUAUAGAUCCUAUAGCCUACAGGCUGGGGGUAACUAUAGAUCCUAUAGCCUACAGGCUGGGGGUAACUAUAGAUCCUAUAGCCUACAGGCUGGCUGGGGGUAACUAUAGAUCCUAUAGCCUACAGGCUGGGGGUAACUAUAGAUCCUAUAGCCUACAGGCUGGGGGUAACUAUAGAUCCUAUAGCCUACAGGCUGGGGGUAACUAUAGAUCCUAUAGCCUACAGGCUGGGGGUAACUAUAGAUCCUAUAGCCUACAGGCUGGGGGUAACUAUAGAUCCUAUAGCCUACAGGCUGGGGGUAACUAUAGAUCCUAUAGCCUACAGGCUGGGGGUAACUAUAGAUCCUAUAGCCUACAGGCUGGCUGGGGGUAACUAUAGAUCCUAUAGCCUACAGGCUGGGGGUACUAUAGAUCCUAUAGCCUACAGGCUGGGGUAACUAUAGAUCCUAUAGCCUACAGGCUGGCCGGGGGUAACUAUAGAUCCUAUAGCCUACAGGCUGGGGGUAACUAUAGAUCCUAUAGCCUACAGGCUGGGGGUAACUAUAUAACCUAUAGCCUACAGGCUGGGGGUAACUAUAUAACCUAUAGCCUACAGGCUGGGGGUAACUAUAGAUCCUAUAGCCUACAGGCUGGGGGUAACUAUAGAUCCUAUAGCCUACAGGCUGGGGGUAACUAUAGAUCCUAUAGCCUACAGGCUGGCUGGGGGUAACUAUAGAUCCUAUAGUCUACAGGCUGGCUGGGGGUAACUAUAGAUCCUAUAGCCUACAGGCUGGGGGUAACUAUAGAUCCUAUAGCCUACAGGCUGGGGGUAACUAUAGAUCCUAUAGCCUACAGGCUGGGGGUAACUAUAGAUCCUAUAGCCUACAGGCUGGGGGUAACUAUAGAUCCUAUAGCCUACAGGCUGGGGGUAACUAUAGAUCCUAUAGCCUACAGGCUGGGGGUAACUAUAUAACCUAUAGCCUACAGGCUGGGGGUAACUAUAGAUCCUAUAGCCUACAGGCUGGGGGUAACUAUAGAUCCUAUAGCCUACAGGCUGGGGGUAACUAUAGAUCCUAUAGCCUACAGGCUGGGCGUGGGUUGGUAGCCUCUGCCCUUCCACCUCUGGCCUUUUUCACUGUUACAGUAGAUCGGAGGAGUGAGGUGAAAAAGAUGGCUCUCGUAGCAACAAAAAAAAAG